AUGGACUUGGAAGGGAAGAAAAUGUUAAUUCAGCUUAAUAUAGCCGAAUCUGCUAAUAAAGAUAAUGAUGUUAUUGGUGAACCUAGGAAAGGCGUGGAGGCAACCCGAAGAACUGCAUGUUCACUGUACGACGGUGGCGGCGGGUCUCCGGGGACGAUCGCCGCCAUCGGCAUCUCCCUCGGCGAGGGCCCCGCGACCGUCAGCGUUGUCCGGCUGUCCGGCACUGAUGCCAUCGCCGUCGCCGCCCGCGUGUUCCGAUCGGCCCGGAAGUCCCCGGCGCCCUGGAGGCCCCGAAGCCACUCCGUGGAGUACGGGCUCGUGCUGGACGGAGACGGGGGCGUCAUCGACGAGGUGCUGGUGGUGCCCAUGCUGGCUCCGAGGUCCUACACUCGGGAGGAUGUGGUGGAGCUCCAGUGCCAUGGGGACGACCUUUGCUUGCGCCGCGUGCUCAGCGCCUGCUUGGAGGCCGGUGCUCGGCUCGCCGACCCUGGUGAAUUCACCCUUCGCGCGUCCCUAAAUGGGAGAUUGGACUUGGCUCAAGCGGAGAACGUCUCGAGGCUUAUUUCAGCCAAGUGCGUAGCUGCGGCAGAUUCAGCCUUGGCUGGCAUCCAGGGAGGCUUUUCUACUCUAGUGAAAUCUUUGAGAUCAAUGUGCAUAGAAUUGAUCACUGAAAUUGAGGCUUGUUUAGAUUUUGAAGACGAGAUGCCUCCAUUGGACCCUAUGAUGCUGCUCAGCAAAAUUAACAGCAUGAGGCAAGAGGUUCAAGAUGCUCUUGAUACUGCAAAGUAUGAUAAGUUGUUGCUGUCUAGUCUACAGAUAGCAAUUAUUGGCCGCCCAAAUGUUGGAAAGUCAAGCCUCCUGAAUGCCUGGAGUAAGAGUGAAAGAGCUAUUGUUACUGAAAUAGCUGGAACUACAAGGGACAUAGUUGAACCAAAUGUCUCGAUUUGUGGAAUCCCCGUUACCCUUCUCGACACUGCUCGCAUAAGAGAAACCGAUGACAUUAUGGAAAAAAUUGGUGUAGAACGAUCAGAGACUGCUGCACUGGGAGCUGAUAUGGUUAUUAUGACAAUAAGUGAAGUUGAUGGGUGGACUCAAGAUGACACUAAACUUAUCAAACGUGUCAUGAUUGAUAAGGAUGCACAGAGUUCACACAAGUCAUCAGAUGCAGAAGAGGAAUGGGAAUGUGAUUCAGAGACUAAUCCAACAUGGUAUGAUAGUGAUUAUGCAGAUGCAUUGGUUGACAAGGGGAAGAAAGUAGGAGCUGAGUACAAACAUGUUCCAGGCACAGAUGAUGUCACUGAAGAGGAACUACAGCUACGAGAAGAAGAUGAUUUUGAGAAGAUGCACAAGAGUGACUCAGAUGAUGAGGAGUACAAUAAGAAGAAAAGGAAAGAGAAACCCAUAUACAGGUUCAAAACAUUUAACCUACUAGUGGAGAUGGAAAAUCCUCAUUUCAAACUAGGUAUGGUUUUUGAUUCAGUGGAGUUAUUGAGAAAGGCAGUAGCACAUUAUGCAGUUAAGAACAGAGUGCAGAUCAAGAAAAAAUGA